AACCAGCUUGAUUCUACGCAGCUAGAUGUUGCUAUGCAACCCAACUUGUCUACAAUUAGUAGCCGGAUGUGACGUCGUGACAAAGCGACGCAAGCUUUUUUUAUGAAAGGGAAGGUGUGGACGUGAAUUAUAAGUAAGGUUUAAUCAACAGUUUUAACUUUGCGAGUGGUAAAAAUGAACAAUCGGUUACAGGAAAUCAGAGAGAGACAGAAAAUACGACGGCAGCUUUUAGCACAGCAGCUGGGAGCUGAAAGUGCUGACAGCAUUGGAGCAGUGCUGAACAGCAAGGAGGAACAGAAAGAGAUUGAAGAAACGAGGGAGACAAGUAGGGCUUCAUAUGACACAUCUGCACCGGCUGCCAAACGUAAGUGCCAGAAUGAGAGAGAGGUCACGGAGGAAGAGGCUGAAGAACCAAAGGAUGAAUUAGAGCCACAGCAACCCUAUGAGAACCUGCAAUAUGAAGAAGAGGUGUAUAAACAUUCAAGUACUUUUCUAAAGGGAACUCAAAGCCUGAAUCCACACAAUGAUUAUUGCCAACAUUUUGUGGAUACUGGCCAUAGGCCACAGAACUUUAUCCGUGACGUGGGUCUUGCUGAUAGGUUUGAGGAGUACCCAAAACUCAGGGAGCUGAUCAGGUUGAAGGAUGACUUGAUUGCGACAACAAACACCCCUCCCGUGUACUUGCAAGCAGAUAUGGAGACCUUUGAUUUGCGUGAACUGAAAUGCAAGUUUGAUGUACUUCUCAUUGAGCCACCUUUGGAAGAAUACUACAGAGAGUCUGGUAUCGUAGCCAAUGAGAAGAUCUGGGCGUGGGAUGAUAUGAUGAAGCUGGAAAUAGAAGAAAUUGCAGCACCAAGAUCAUUUGUCUUCUUGUGGUGUGGAUCGGGGGAAGGACUAGACCAGGGCAGAGUGUGCUUACGAAAAUGGGGUUUUAGAAGAUGUGAAGACAUUUGCUGGAUCAAAACAAACAAAAAUAACCCUGGAAAGACGAAAACCUUGGACCCCAAGGCUGUCUUCCAGAGAACAAAGGAGCAUUGCUUGAUGGGAAUCCGUGGCACUGUGAGACGAAGCACUGAUGGAGAUUUCAUCCAUGCUAAUGUAGACAUUGACCUGAUCAUUACAGAAGAGCCUGAGAUUGGCAACAUAGAAAAACCUGUGGAGAUCUUUCACAUCAUUGAGCACUUCUGUCUAGGACGAAGACGGCUGCAUCUCUUUGGAAGGGACAGCACAAUCAGACCAGGAUGGCUGACAGUGGGCCCAACUCUCACCAACAGCAAUUUCCAUGCAGAAGCAUAUGCCUCCUACUUCAAUGUGCCCAACUCGACAAUGACAGGCUGCACAGAGGAGAUAGAGCGGCUGCGUCCCAAGUCCCCCCCUCCCAAAUCAAAGUCUGAGCGAGGAGGCGGGGCCCCGAGAGGUGGAGGAAGGGGUGGCGCUUCCGCAGGACGUGGAGACAGGGGGAGGGAGCGGAACAGAUCCUUUCGCGGUGACAGAGGGGGUUUCAGGGGGCGUGGAGGGCCUCACAGGGGAGGAUUUCCACCACGAUGAUGAGAUGCCAUUAGAUCGUAUCAAACGGUUAUCUACUGAGAUUUUAAUGGUUAAUCCUAGUACUGUAGACAAGAACUCUCUACAGUUAUUGUGUGUGUGUGUGAUAUAUAUAUAUAUAUAUA